AUGCUGCAGCAGCUGCCGCAGCGGCAGCAGCUGCUGCGGCAGCAGCUGCUGCAGACGUUCCGGCCAUUGUUGCUGGUGCUGCUGCUGCAGACAGCAGCAGCAACGCAGGACGUAGGCGUCAACGACUGGCUGCUGCAGACAGCAGGGCCGGUGCAGCAGCUGCUGCUGGGGCCUCCCGCUCCAGCACCCGCACCCGCAGCAGCAGCAGCAGCAGCAGCAGCAGCAGCAGAAACAACAGCGGAAGCAGCAGAUUGGACUGCUGUUGCUAUUGCAGCAAGAGGAACAGUUUCAAGUCUGCAUCCAGUUACUGGGGAGCUGCGGUGGCGGCUGCUGCUGGGAGACUGCAGGCAAGUGCUGCAGCAGCAGCAAGUGGGGCCGCUGCUGCUGCUGCUGGCGGUAGUAAGCCACCCGCUCUCAGAAGCUGCAGCAGCAGAAGCAGCAGCAAAGCCAGCAGCUGCAGCAGGAACGCUGCAUGCAAUUGACCUUAGAGACGGGGUGCUGCUGUGGAAGGCGGGAGACGAUAUCACCAGUUUUGCUGCUGCUGCUUCGGGUCCAAGCGCAGCAGCAGCAGCAGCAACACCAGCAGCAGCAGCAGCAGCAGAAGCUGUCUUUGUCUCUGCCCUCACCUCAAGGGGGCUGGAGAUGCGAGACGCUGUUUCGGGCCAUAUCUUGUGGACCCAGCCCCUCAGCAGCAGCAGCAGCAGCAGCGACAGCAGCAGCGGCAGCAGGUCACUUGGCCUUGUGCCUGUCCAGCUGCAGCAGGAGGGGAAUGUGUCUCAGGCCAUCUUUUGUCUGCUGCAGCAGCAGAGCAGCAAGAGUCCAAUCAGCAGCAGCUGCUACCACGCCUGGAACGGGCAACAGCAGCAGCAGCCGCAACAGCAACAGCAGCAGCAGCAGCAGCAACAGCAGCAGCAGCAGCAGCAGCAAGAGGGGCCUGAUGCCUCAGAAGCUGUCCACAUCGAGCAUCUUGAGGACAAUUGUUUCGCUCUAACAAAUGAAUCCCGUCUCUACUUGCUGCGUUUGUCUCGGGAGGGUUCUGUAGCUGCCUCGCAAACCCUAAACCCGAAAACCCUAAACCCUAAAACCCUAAACCCUCGCCUGCUGCCUCUGGGCAGCUGCACAGCUCUAGUUGGCUCUGCGCUUGUGCGCUUUGAAGAGGGUUUGGGUUUCACAACCAAGCAAAUUGAGGGGGUAUCGGGUGGAGAGUGGACACUCACGCCUUUACGAAAGAACGACAAGGGACAGAACAGGGCCGUGGUUGCUGUGAGGGUUUCUGACGGGCGUAUUGACUCUAAAUUGGUGGACCUUCAAACUUUCAAGGAGACUCCGUUCCUCACGGAGCAGCUGCCAACAGCAGCAGCAGCAGCAGCAGCAUGGGCGGGCGUUGGUGUGUCCCCUCGGGACCAGCAGGCUGCAUCGGCCUUGGCUGCUGCUGCUGGUCCGCAGCAGCAGCAACAGCAGCUGCUGCUGCUGCUGCUCUCAGACUUCUCGCUGCUGCUGCUCAGCAAAGGCCAAGGAGUCGCCUGGAUUAGAGAAGAGGGUUUAGGACUCAUCAGCGCAGCUGCUGUUGGUUUACUGCCGGCGGUUGGAGAUGGCGAGAACGAGGCAGCAGCGGAAGCUGUUGCUGGGCAUGACCUCGUGCGAGCAUCAGCAGCAGCAGCAGCAGAGGCAGCAGCAACAGUAGCUGCUUUGGCUGCUGCGGUCGGUGGUGCUGCAGUUGAUGCUGCUGCUGCGCUUGUCUUGAAGGGUGUAAACUUCGUUGCUUCUCUGCUGGGCAGAGGAGAAGAACAUCUCCCAGUGACUGCAGCAGGCCGCGGCAUUUUGUCUUCGCGAUUUAAUUUCAAACUGUCUGCUGCUGCGAAGCUGCAAGCUCUGGGUCUGCAGCAGCAGCAGAAGCAACAGCAGCAGCAGCAGCAGCAUCAGCAGCAGCUUCUGGCAGCAGAAAUGCAGGCUAAGCGCAAGGCCCAGCUCUUUGGUUGGCGCAAUGUCAUCGUUGCUGCGAAUUGCAACAACAAGGUGUACGGGCUGCACGCGGCUACGGGUUUGUUGCUGUGGCAGCUGCAGCUUCCGAGCAGCAGCAGCAGCAGCAGCGGCGGCGCAUUUUGCUGCUGUUUGAAUCAGCUACAGAGCAGCAGCAGCCAUUUGGCUGCGCGAGCUGCUGCAAACGGCAGGGCCAACUGGGGAACCCCUGGAGGCCACUGCAGCAAAGGCAGCAAUCAGCAGCAGCAGCAGCAGCAGCAGCAGCAAGUUUGCGACUGGCAGCUGGUGUCUCUUGAGCUUGUUGGGCAGCACAAGGCGACUGUCUUUGUUGCUCUUGUUAAUCAGAAGCUGCAGGAGACGGAGCUGCUGUGGAUCGACCUGGGCAGAGGGCUGGUCCAGCAGCUGCAGCACGUGAAGUUUGCUGCUGCUGCAGUUAUCCCGCUGCAGCAGCUGGAGUUGCAGGACGCAGCAGCAGCAGCAGCUAGUGCUGGCGUCUCUUCUACUGGGGAGGCGGACGCGCAGGCACCAGAUUUGCUGCUGCAGCGGCUGCAGCACAGCAGCAGCGCCGUGCUGCUGCUGCGGAAGCAGCAGCAAAAACACCAGUCGGAGCAGCAGCUGCUGCUGUCUCUAGCAGACCCGCAGCAGCAGAUUGUCUCUUCUGGGGAGGUUACCGAGCAGAUUCCCCUGCCUCUGGCGCACCUGCUGACUUCGCGGCUUUCUUUUUACAUCGUCGACGAAUGCAGCAGCCAGGUCGAAGGGUUUGCGGUGCUGCCUCUGUCCGACACAGUGGAGCAAACCACCAGGGAAACUGUGAAGAUGGGGACUUUGGUCGCGUGGUCUCUGGACUUCGCGUCACAGAAGCAGACUGUUCUCACUACGGCGGGCUCCAUGCAUCGGUCGCUGCAGCAAGUGCCCGUCUUUGUGCAUGCUGAUGUGUCUGUCGGGUAUAAGCACAUUGACCCGAACCUUUUGGCUGUUGUGACUGCUGAUGAGGGUUUAGGGGGAGCACUUACGCUGCACCUUUUAAAUACCGUCUCUGGAGAAAUGGCCCAUCAGCAAGUUCUCCCCGCGGGGGCGUCCAAGCCCCUCCUUAUUGCUGCGUGCGAGGACUCGGUGUACGUACAUUUCUGGAACAUUUUUGCUGCGCGUUUCGAGCUGCUAGUUGUAACUCUCACUGAGGACCGCCCCGACCCCGGGCCCCUGGGCCUCAUUUUCCCCUCUGCACGCCGCAGCCCCCACAAGUCCGGCUUUACUGUGGGCCGCCCUCUGGGGGCCUCCAGAAGCUACGGAGUGCCCUGGGGGGCCUCUGCCCUGGGGCUCACGGCCACCGCCCAGGGAGUUACCCCUCGCGCCCUUCUGGUGGCGAGCAGCAGCAUGCAGCAGAUUCAUAUGUUGUCUACUCGUCUGGCGAGCGCCAAGCGCCCGUUGCCGGCUGCCGCUGCGGGCGCAGCAGCAGACGCUGCAGCAGCAGCAGCAGCAGCAGAAGCUGCUGCUGCUGUGCCUGACAACGUCCCCCCCUACUCCCCCGUGCUGCACCUCCUCCCCACAGACACUCUCUCUCACGACCGCAUGGUGCCCCAUGUUCGGGGGAUACACGCGCAUCCUUCGGAGAGAGAAUCGACUUCUUUGGUUUUCGCUUUUGGCUUAGACCUCUUCUUUUCUCCUGCCCAGCCCGCCAGCGGUUUCGACACCCUUUCGCCAUCCUUCCCGUUCUCUUCUCUGCUGCUUGCCUUUGCUGCUCUCAUUGCUGCAGCAGCAGCAGCAGAUUACACUCAAAAGAAAAAUGCCCUUAGUGCGAAGUGGGCGUGA